GAUUUUAUGAUGAUUGCCUGGCCGUGAAAGUGUGAAGUGCAACAUUUACUGUGAAUUUUGAAACUGAGUUUCCCAAAAUGCUGAUGUGUGGACUUAAGAAAUAAAACAUUUGAGAUAGAAAUCAGCAUGGGUGGUCAUUAAUGUUAUGAUCACUGUUGUGUCUAUGCAUUCAGCAAUCAAUUCUUCUCUAUAAGAACAAGCUCGAGUAGAUCAGAUACAGGAUGACGGGCACGCUGGUCAUCUCCUUCCAGACUCGGCUGUCUGCGGUCAUGGAAACUAUUCUCAAGACCACCAUGUACGAGAUCACCAGGUUAGUGGAGGAGAGCUUCUUGGAGCAGAUGGAUCGAGGCAAACGAGAGGCGGAGGUGUUAAAACGAAGGCUGAUCGUGUCGGAGGCCAAGCUGAGAGAACGGGAGAGGUUUAAGAGGGUGAGGUGUGUGGACUGUGGGCGGACAGCAGUGUCCAGGAGGAGGGUCCUACACAGAGGCCCCGAAACACAGAGCAGUUUGGACAAUCCAAUUGUUAAGCAGGAAAAUGCUUCUGACAGUAGCUGGAGUUGCAGUCCCAAGGGAAGUGCAAAUCAGGAGAAGCCUUCAGCAACUCUGGAAACUAAACAUAAUGCUGUUCAAGUGGGUGAGGAUAAUCCUGGAGGAGAAGUGAAAGAGGAAACAACAGAGCCUAGAGACACGCAAGCUUAUCUAGUAAUACACUCUCAAAUACACAAACAAAAAGAUCCUCAGAGCCGUGUGGAAGAGACCAAUGGACUCCGCAAUACAGAUUCUGACCACAAACCAGGUGGACCGUCCUGCACCGAAAGACCGGGGGAUGAGGAUGAGGUCAGACACAGAACCCCCCCAAAAUGGUUUGACUCUAAAACUGACCCUUCAGCACGGUCAUCUGUUUCACAGCCAGACCCAGUCAGGACCUCCGUAUCUUCAGAGUCUCCGGGUUUGAGACCCCAAGUAAGCAGCAUCGACUCAGGCUCUGUUAAACAGGAAGUUAUAGUGAUGCUUCCACCAGACUGGGAGGAAAUGGAGAGAAUCGGGCCUCAGAUGGUUUCUGCUCACAACAGUGCUAAGAAGACGCCGUUGGACCUUCAGCCUGGAGAUCCUCUCACCGUUAGACCUCAAGUACAAGAGCGAGUCUCUUAUCCCGCGCCUCCCGUCAAGGUUCACAGCCUUGCACCACAAGCCAUGCAGCACCUCAGAUCACCCGUUAGGAAAAACACGAAAAUUGUUUUACAUCCCAACGCGGUUGUGUCAGAUCACAGCGCCAGUGAUGUUAACCGAGCACAAUCCAUCUCCAAAGGCCUUCCUACUCCAAAACCCUCUCACGUCCGUCAGUAUCCUGAAGGAGCCGCUACAGGGGAAAGAGGUUUCAGUACCGUGCAUCCAGGAAGAAGUCUGCCGCAGAUGGUCAGUGUGAGGGUUCAAGGGGACACGCGCCACCAUUCGGCAAGGACAACGCACAAUUGCAACCAGUGUGGGAAAGGCUUCUCUCAUCUGUGUCACCUCAGAGCUCACCAACAGAUUCACUCAGGAGACAGGCAGUUCUGCUGUACCAUCUGUGGACGGAGUUUCACCAAACUGAGUAACCUGAAAGCCCACCGCAGGGUUCACACUGGCGAGAGACCUUACAUCUGCUCAGACUGUGGGAAAAGGUUUACCCAGAAAUGCAACUUGAAGAGACAUCAGAGAAUUCACUCUGAACCCUCACAGUCCAGAUUAUUUUCAUUGCAUCAAGGCGACAGCAGGACGAUGUCGGAGGCCCUUUUCCUCACAUUCCAGUCUCAGCUCUCCGUUGUCAUGGAGACCGUCCUCAAAUCAGCCAUGUUUGAAAUAACUAGGCUGGUGGAAGACAGCUUCCUCGAGGAAGUGGGUCAUCGUAAACAAGAGGUGGAAGUAUUGAAACGAAGGCUACAGUUGUCUGAGAGUAAACUGAGGGAGAGGGAGAGGGAAUGGGAACGGGGGAGGAAGAUACGGUGCUCUGACUGCGGCCGAACAGGAGAUUCCAGCAGCAGAGAUGAGAGCCAGCCUGUAGAGACAGUCCGGGGAGCAAAUGCCCUUUGUUUAGGCCUAAGCCUGAGAGAUCAGUCUACCAAUCAGCCUACGUUGACAGAAGAAAUGUGGAGUACAAGACAACGCCUUGAGUCUAACAAACAAACAACAACAACAAAUUCACACUCUAAAGAGAAGAACGAUGUACACCGGCAUAGUGCAAAAGAGAUCAUCACACCUAACUCCAGUGCACCAAUUCCUCAGGAUUUUCUGCAGAGGCUUCUGGGAAAUUCAGCAAUCCAGAGCGAGUCCACUAGUGUCUUCAAAGCCAAAGGGAAUGAUUUAGACCAAUCCGAAAAGGACUUUACACUUGAUAAGGAAAUGGACUCAAACCACUCAAGAGUGAUACAAAGCCCUUCGGCUCAGGAUGCUUAUGAGGAUUUGCCAUCGUCUUCACCAAACGAUAGAGUAAAAUCAGAGACAGAGCUGGAUCUUCUAUCUGUCAAGGAAGAGGAAGAGAUGGUUCCAGUGUGGGAUAGCGUCAACAGAGAUGACGGUUGCCAUGCAGAAAUGUCUGAUCCGAGUCAGGGAGAGCUCAGAGGAUCUUGUGAUCAGGAGGAGAUACAGGUAGAAAGCUUUCCAGGUCUAAACUCUCUCGACAUGCCAGACGCCACCUCAUAUUUCACACCUUAUUCAGUGAACACAUUGGCACAUCAAGGUAUUAGGGCACAAUAUAAUCAUUUAUGCACGACAGAGCUGAUGCUAUCUAGCGUACCAGAGAGGUCAAAUUCAUUUGUCAAACCAGAAAAUGAACAGAGUUAUCCUGGUUCAGAAAGUUCUGUCCGCUAUUCCCACAAUGAUGUUUGUCCAGGCGAGAAAACAGUCAGUCACGCGCAAUACCCAAAGUGUUUCUCCCAGGACAAACAUGGGACGCCCGAACAGAUCCAUGAGGGAAGACCCCACCAUUGCCUCCAAUGUGGGAAAAUGUUUGCGAGAGCAUGUGACCUCAAGGCUCAUGCGCAGACCCACAAGGGCAAGAAACCUCUGAGCUGUUCAAUGUGUGAGCAGACGUUUGCGUACAACUUCGAGCUCAAGGUUCACCAGCGAAACCACUCGGGAGAGCGACCUCACGUCUGUCCGCACUGCGGCAAGGCCUUCGCUCGGAUGAGCAACUUCAGGCAGCAUCAGAACAUCCACACGCGGGAGAAACUCUUCAGCUGCACUCAAUGCGGGAUGCGAUUCAAUCGAGCCACCAACCUGCGAGUUCACAUCAGACGACACAGCCACGCUGGGAAGUCUUGCAAUUGCCCUUAUUGUGGAAAGAGCUAUCUGAAUCCCAGGCAAAUGAAGACUCAUUUAUUGAAAGCCCAUGGGAGAGGAGGGAAAUAAGUGUAUCUAAUUUUCACUCGUUUUUUGAUCGAUUCAUGUUUACAUACUAUAAAUGGUCUGCACUGUUAGAACUCAAGAAGACCUCAAAGGACCCGCCGUCCCAUCAUUGCCACCUUAAAGACAACUGAACAGGACCUGGACAGAUUGUUAUGCAUGGAAUCAU